AAAUAUCCUCCAUAUUUGACUUUGACUUUUUGGUUUGGAUUAUUGUUGGUUUCAUUAUAAGUUCUCAACUACUCCCUUCUUCCUUGAUUCUCAAGAAUCCAAUUCCCUUUUUCGCUUUUUCUUCUCACACGUUUUCUCUUCCAACUAAUAAUUACCCAAUACUACUAUUAGGGUUUUUGGCUCAUUUCUGAAGUGAUCCGACGCCAUGGACGCCAAAUCCUGCUCCGGCCUUCUUUCCAACGCCAACUUAACUGGUUUGACUCUCCGGAAGUCGGAUCAUGCAUUUUCUACGUCUUGCUCUCCUCCAAGAUCUCCUAUGAAUGUCUCGUGCCAUUCAUCUAAAAGCUCACAACUUGACAAUGUAACAUUUAAAUCACAAUCUAACACGCGUGGGUUAUCGCAUUCGAAUCAGUGUUUAACAUUUGGCAAGAGAAGCUCAUUGGGGAAAACAUUUUGUUCUGCGGGUGUUUGCACUUAUGAUGGGGUUGCUAUAGAUUCUCAUUCUCAAGUUGAGGAAGAAAAAGUUGGGGUUCUACUUCUGAAUCUAGGAGGGCCUGAGACUCUUAAUGAUGUUCAACCAUUUUUGUACAACUUAUUUGCUGACCCUGAUAUCAUUCGUCUCCCGAGAUUGUUUCGGUUUCUUCAAAGACCACUAGCCCAAUUGAUUUCUGUUCUUCGAGCACCCAAAAGUAAAGAAGGCUAUGCUGCUAUCGGAGGUGGUUCACCGUUGCGUAAAAUUACUGAUGAGCAGGCAAAUGCACUUAAAAUGGCUUUGGAAGCAAUGGAAAUAUCUGCAAAUGUCUACGUCGGAAUGCGCUACUGGUAUCCAUUCACCGAGGAGGCAAUUCAGCAAAUCAAGAGGGACAGGAUCACUAGGCUUGUUGUGCUACCUCUGUAUCCACAGUUCUCUAUUUCUACUACUGGAUCAAGCAUCCGAGUGCUUCAGAAUUUGUUCAGGAAAGAUGCCCAUCUGUCAAAGCUGCCUGUUGCAGUUAUAAAAUCAUGGUACCAACGAGAAGGUUAUGUUAAGUCAAUGGCUGACUUGAUUUCAAAAGAAUUAGAGACUUUUUCUGAGCCUUCGGAGGUCAUGAUAUUCUUCAGUGCCCAUGGUGUCCCUGUCAGUUACGUUGAGAAUGCAGGGGAUCCAUACAAAGAUCAGAUGGAGGAGUGUAUAUUUUUAAUCAUGCAAGAGCUGAAAGCUAGAGGAAUUGAUAAUAAGCACACUCUUGCUUAUCAGAGCCGAGUUGGUCCUGUUCAAUGGCUGAAGCCCUAUACCGAUGAAGUCCUUGUUGAGCUUGGCCAGAGCGGUGUCAAAAGUCUCCUAGCUGUUCCAGUCAGCUUUGUCAGUGAGCACAUAGAAACACUUGAAGAGAUAGACAUGGAGUACAAGGAGUUGGCUCUCGAAUCUGGAAUCAAGAAUUGGGGUCGAGUUCCUGCGCUUGGUUGUAAGUCUUCCUUCAUCACAGAUUUAGCAGAAGCAGUAGUAGAAGCCCUGCCAUCAGCAACAGCCAUGCCAACCUCAUCAGAUAUCUCUACUGUGGAAGAAGAUGAUGAUCCAGUUCGGGACUUCGUUAAACUGUUCUUCGGUUCUGUCGUAGCAUUUCUUUUACUUUUUUCACCAAAAAUGAUAUCGGCCUUCAAGAACUACCUCUAGGAAAUACCAUACAGAGCUGCUCUUACAGAAUAAAAUACAAGACCAAGAAAAGAAUUAGAUUUUUUGAGAUGGAAGAUUUUUUUUGUAAAAGUCAUUGUCAGGAUGUGUAAUGUGUGUUCCUUGAAAUGGCUUUCCUAAUCGAAUUGAACUAAAAUUUUAUUUACAUUGAGCUUAUAGUUGUCUUGUCAGCUCAUAUAUACUAGCCAUUGUUUGCUCAGUAAUUAGUAUAUGACAAUAGAUGUGGUUAAUGGCUUGUAAUCUUUAGUUUGCUUGUAUUUUGACAUUUUGUACUUUUUUUUAGUACACAAAAGCCUUGUUUCAGGCAAUGAAA